AUGGCACCAAACCAAGGCCUCGUCCACCCGAAGAAAUACGACAUCAAGGACAGCAAUGUCGAGCUGAUUGGAAGCGAUAUCGACCAUCAGGUGAAAUACAACUCUGCGCUUACCGAGCCUGCGUGGAAUGACGGGAAGGUUGGUGUCGAGCCUGGGCUAUUUAUCUGGCGUAUUGAGCAAUUCGAGGUUGUUCCCUGGCCAAAGGAAAAGUACGGCCAGUUUUAUGACGGAGACAGUUUCAUUGUUCUAUACUCGGAGAUCAUUGGAAGCACCGAAGAGACAAGCAAGCUUGUUCACGACAUCUUCUUUUGGCUAGGCCAGAAUACCUCGCAGGACGAGGCGGGGACCGCAGCCUACAAGACUGUCGAAUUGGACGAAUUCCUCCAGGGUGCAGCAACUCAGCACCGAGAGAUCCAGGAAUCUCCAUCAGAUGACUUCCUAGCGCUGUUCCCACGCAUAUCUAUCCGAUCUGGCGGAGUGGAAUCUGGGUUCACGCACGUGGAGGAGGAAGAGGAGCCGCAAGAGAGACUCACCUUGCUGCGCGUGUUUAAGAACCCCGCUGCUGGUGCCAGCGGCGUUGUCGUUCACGAAGUCCAGCCUACAUGGAAGAGCCUCGACGACACGGAUGUGUUUGUGCUGGAUGUUGGCGGCAAGAUCUGGGUCUGGCAAGGAAAGGACUGCAGUCCUAUGGAAAAAGCAAAGGCGGCACAGAUCGUCCACGACAUGACAGUCGCAAAGCACUCGGAAGUCGAAGUCAUCUCUCAGACCGAAUCCCGCUCACGAAGAAUCGUUGAUCUCCUUGGUGGAGAUGACGAGACACCACGCGAUGGCUUCCACUGCCGAAAGCCCUUCACUCCCCGCUCCGUCCAGCAGACGUCCAAAAAGCUCUUCCGACUCAGCGACGACUCAGGACAACUCUCAUUUGGACUUGUCAAGGAAUCCGAACGUAUUUUGCACGAUGAUCUUGAGAGCAAUGAUGUUUUCUUGCUUGAUGAUGGUGGAAAGGCAAUUUGGGUAUGGCAGGGAAGUGGAGCGAGUGCUGCGGAGAAGAAGAGUUGGCUCAACGUUGCGCAGGCGUAUGUGCGUUAUUUGCAGAACCAGAACGGUGCUGAUGCGUACCUCACUCCAGUAGCCAAGGUCGUCGAAGGCGGCGAGAGCCGGGCGUUUGCUCGUGCUCUUGCGGCUUAG